AGUAGAAGGACAGUAGUGCAGUGAGGUUGGUAAAAAUUAAACGUAGAGUAGAGAGAGAGGAAAAGAUAACGAAGCCAACAGCGAAUGGAAUCGAAAUUUAGUACGGAGACCUAGAUGGGAGAAGAAGAAGACGAGAGAAUGAGUGUGACGUAAACGAGAACGAAGAUCCAAACAAGUAUCAGCUGUGUGGCAGUCAUUGUUCGUAUUCGUCUUGGCAGUAACACAAGAAUUCGACAUUUUUUUUUGUGUUAUUUUGUGUUUAACUAAAUUGUUGUUGCAUUUUACGAGUUGAUGGCUUCAGUGUGCACACUAAUAAUCUAUAUAUUCUGAUAAUACGAUAAACAACGUAACGUAUAGACAUAUAUAUAUAUAUAGACAUAUACAUAUACACACACAUACAUACAUAUAUAUACACAUCAGUGGCGUACGUAUGUGUGCUGUUUAUAUAUAUGUAUAUGUAUGGGUGUAUUAGACGUCAUUGUGUAGAGCUCGACAUACGCAAAAUUAAUCUGUCGAAACAAAGAAAGUGGGGGAGUCGACGGUGGUAGUGCAGCAGCAGUAGCAGCAGCGAGCAACUCACCAACACAAAAGACACGAGCUCACCAGCACUCAACGGAGACAGGAGACAGGAGUCAGCGGAGAGUAGAACGAGGGCACGAGACCGAAACGUUAAUAAUUUAAAAAUUAUUUAUUUGGUGGUGUAAAUAGUGGCACCGUGUUACCAGCGGCCCCACCAGCGAACCCACCACCUCGGGGACAAUAAUCGUGUGAAAAACGGGGCGGUACGCGCGUAAGCCUGGCCUCGAGCGGCGAGUCGGACGACGGUGGGCUCGCUCCGCCACCGCGCAAAAGGUCCCGUAGUUCUCUUACAACUACCCUAAGACCAGCGGACGAGUACCACACCAGCGCAACCAUGGACAAUUAUCGGAUGAUGCAGCAGGCAUCAAAUGGAGCCGCGGUAUCCAACGUUCCUCAGCAAAACGGAGCGAAUCCAGACAGCAGUGGAUCUCACGCUAACGGCAACGCUAUUCCACAUUGUGACGGUGAUGUUAAUGGUGUUAAUGGGGAAAGCAAUCAGGCUGUAGGACCGCCGAAAGUUAUGGACAAGACAAACCAAGAUAUUGUUAGAUUAAUUGGCCAGCACUUGAAGGCAGUCGGACUUGACCGGACUGCUGAUUUGUUGAUGCAAGAGUCGGGAUGUCGGUUGGACCACCCAUCGGCGGCAAAGUUCCGCCAGCAUGUGAUGGACGGGGACUGGAGCAAAGCCGACCAUGACUUGGAUGAAUUGAAGUCAUUCUUGAAUAAUCCGAACCAGAGUGUCGUGGAGAUGAAAUUUUUACUGCUCGAACAAAAGUACCUGGAGUUUCUCGAAGAAGGCCUUGUUCUUGAGGCGCUGCACGUCUUGCGCAACGAAUUGACACCUCUUGGACACAACACAGGACGUGUGCACCAGCUCUCUGCUUUUAUGAUGUGCAGCGGCCGGGAUGAACUUCAGACACGAGCUGGCUGGGACGGAAAAGGCUCGGCAUCACGUACUGCUUUGAUGGACAGAUUACAAAGGUACCUACCGCCCUCGAUAAUGCUCCCGCCAAAGCGGCUGCAGUCUCUGCUUUGCCAAGCCGUUGAAAUGCAGAAUCAGCAGUGUACCUAUCACAUUACGCCUAAUCAGCCGACACUCGAGAGCGUAUCACUGCUGGUUGAUCACAGCUGCAGCAAAGAACAUUUUCCUUCUCACACAACCCAGGUGCUCAAUGAUCACUGCGACGAAGUCUGGUACUGCAAGUUCUCUCCGGACGGUUUGAAACUCGCCACCGGCUCUAAAGACAUGACAGUAAUCAUCUGGGACGUUGAUCCAGAAACAUUAAAAGUCACGCACAGAAAGACUUUGGAAGGUCACACUUACGGCGUAGCUUUGAUCGCUUGGAGCCCGGACAGCAGUCACCUGAUUGCCUGCGGUCCGGAAGACUGUCCAGAGCUCUGGCUCUGGAGUGUCGACACUCCAGACUGCGAGCUGCGUAUAAAACUAACUCACAGCACCGAGGAUUCUCUCACUGCGUGUGCUUGGCAUCGAGACGCGAAUAAAUUUGUCACUGGAGGUCUGAGAGGGCAAUUCUAUCAAUGCGACAUGGACGGAAACAUUCUCGACUCGUGGGAAGGAGUCAGAGUCAAAUGUCUUUGGUGUCGCAGCGAUGGCAAGACCGUUCUAGCUGCUGACACUCAUCAUCGUAUUCGCGGAUACAAUUUUGAUGAACUUUGUGACUUUACAAUUUUGCAAGAGGAUCAUCCAGUUAUGUCAUUCAGCGUUAACAAAGCAGACAGAUUAGUGCUGCUGAAUGUCGCCAAUCAGGGUGUGCACUUAUGGGACCUGCAAGACAGAUGCCUCGUUAGACGUUUCCAAGGCGUUACUCAAGGACAUUUCACGAUUCAUAGUUGCUUCGGUGGUGUCAACCAGGACUUUAUAGCUUCCGGUAGUGAAGAUAAUAAAGUAUAUGUAUGGCACAUCAAACGUGAAUUGCCGAUAGCUGUCUUAACUGGACACAGUAGAACAGUAAAUUGCGUCUCAUGGAAUCCAGUGUAUCAUCAAAUGAUGGCUUCAGUGUCUGAUGAUUGCACCGUACGGAUAUGGGGACCAAAAUCUUCAUCAUUAGAUCGUCCAGACAAUACUAAAACUGCCUCGCCAGACAGCAAUUCGUCAAAUGGAAGCGGCUGGCACGAAAUGGUCUCGUAGCGACGCACUCAAACUUCGUACUCCCAUGACCCCAUGGUGUUCAAAAGACUGUUUUGUUAACCGUCAUUAAAUUGAGUACAUCUUAAAGUGUUCCUUUAUCGUCAUACGAGCACAAAUAGUGCUCAUGUUCUAACGAAAAUAUAUAUAUGUUUACAUAUAUUUUCAACACGAGCGUACUCAAAAAUACACAAAACCCUGGAGUUUUAUUGAUAAUAAUUGAUGAUAAUUAUAUAAUUAUGCAAUUAAUUAGUUAAUUAAUUAAUUAUAUAAAUAUAUUUAUACAUAUAUAUAAAAUAUCAAUGAAUUUAUUCGGUGAUAAUUGUCUUAUUAUGUCGUACUCCACGGGUUUUAUUAUUUCAUUUUAAUUCAUUUCUUUUCUUUUUUUUUUUCUCUUUAAAUUAAUUAUUAAAAUUGCAAGUGCGUGAAAUAAUUAGUUUAAAUUUUUAAAUAUUAAAUUUAAAAUCCGUUCCACGACGUAAUAAUUAAUUGGUUGAAUAAAUAAAAAGCAUAAUGCUAAUUUAAUAGCAUAGAGUUAAGAUUGUACUAGAGAAUUGUCCAAUUAUAUUGACAAAAUUGGACAUAAUAUAUAUGAUAAGAGUUUAAUAUUAUUAUAAAUAAUAAUAAUGAUAACAACACCAAUUAUUAUUAUCAUUAAUAUUAUUAACGAUUAAUAGUUACGAAUAAGCGUUUAACCGAACGAGAGCAUCUUCGAGCAAUUUUAUUAUAUUUUUAAUUUUAAAUAUAAACUAACAAUUUGGGAUAUUGAUUAAUUUGUGCCAAGUGUGGAAAAAAAUUAACUAUUAAAUUUUGUGUCUCGUAAUUAAUCGAUUGUGAAUUAAAUUUCCGCGUUUAUUUAAAUAUUUUCUAUAAAUUAUCGGCAAUUUAGAGGGACACAGUUACAAAAAAAAAUAAAAUUUAUCAAAUUAUAAUAUACGCUAAUUCGUAAAUAGACGUAUGGUUUUAUUUAUAAUUAAUUUAAAAAGUUCAAAAAAAUUACCAGCGAUUUUGUAUGACGGUAGAAAUACUUAACUUUUAAAUUAUUUAAUAAAUAAUUAAUUGAACAAUUUAAAAAAAAAAACAAUUUACGAAUGUUACCUCUGAUUUAUUAACUGCCGUUUUUUUUCUAUGAUAAAUAUGAUAAUAAUAAUAAUUAUUAUUAUAUAUAUAUAUAUAUAUAUAUAUAUAUAUAUAUAUAUAUAUAUAUAUAUAUAAAUAUAUAUAUUUACAGAGUGUAAUAAUUUGUUGUAGCACUCGCUUCAGGAACGCGUGUUUCUAAUUGAUUGUAAAUCGCAAGUGAGCACACGGCGAUUAAUUUAAAUGUUAUUGUGAAUUAAUUAUCAAAUGGCACAGUGGCAGUUAAUCAAGUGGGAUUACAAUGAAACUAAAAUAAUAAUAGUCUUGAAGAUGUUUUCAUAUGCAAAAUAGUAAUUAUAGUUGGGUACUGAAAAAUGAUUAAAGGUCUUGUGACAUCAAGUACAGUAAGUUAUGUACAGAUGAGUUUUCAAUAAAUCACAUUAGAAACAAUAAAUUUAUAUAUUCUAUAUAA